AUGCUUCGCACCUUCGCCCUUUUGGUGACCCUUCUGCCUCUUUGUCACUGCCUUUUUGGUAUCGGUAGACUGCAGUCAGUUGCAGUUAAGGGCAAACUUGUAUGCAAUAACAUUCCGGCAUCAAAAGUCAAAGUGAAACUAUACGAAAAAGAAUUAUCGACAAGAAAAUGGAUGAAGCACGAACGGACCUCGACGGGCAAGUUCCGCCUAUCAGGAUCAAAACGAGAGAUCACCACCAUUGAUCCAAAAGUCAACAUAUACCACAAAUGCGGUUACAGUGGGGUAAGCAGGUGUUACGUAGAAGCACUUGUUCAUCUGAUGUUAUUAUGGGUAAUGUAG